AAGCCACGCCGCCCAAAAGAUAUUCCGCCGCCAUUUUGUCUCUUGGUUGCUUGUAAUAUCUGCCGGUUAGUCGAUUUUGUGGAGUUCCUUUUGUAAUUAUAAGUCUAAAUAAAUUUAUUACUUUGUAUUAGUUACAAAUGUGAAGAUUACCGUAAUUACAAACCACAGAUAAAAUGUCUAGAUACGGUGAUUGUAAAGUUUACGUUGGAGAUUUAGGCAACAAUGCUAGCAAACCUGAAUUAGAGGAUGCCUUUUCUUAUUAUGGACCUUUGAGAAAUGUUUGGGUUGCACGAAAUCCUCCCGGCUUUGCUUUUGUAGAAUUUGAAGAUCCCCGAGAUGCUGAAGAUGCCAUUCGGGGCUUGGAUGGCAGAACUAUAUGCGGCCGCCGUGCUCGUGUUGAAAUGUCAAAUGGAAGUCGUGGCUAUGGAGGCAGAGGGCCUCCUCCUCGUUCGCGGUUACCUCCGAGACCAUAUGACGAUCGUUGUUAUGAUUGCGGCGAUAGGGGACACUAUGCUCGUGAUUGUACCCGCCGACGCCGGCGCAGCCGGUCGAGGUCCCGUCGUCGCUCCCGUUCUCGCUCGCCGCGCUCUGGGUCCCGCUCUCGCAGCCGCUCCCGUUCACGCUCCCGUUCCAAGGGGCGUUCGAUGUCACGUUCAAGAUCACGUUCUCCAUCCAAAGAUUCAAAGAAAUCCAAUUAGGCUGGUCACACCAUUAUAAACAUUACCUGAUUGAACUAUUUACAUAGUAAUUGAUAUUUUUAUUCGAAAGAUAACUAUCAUUCCCAUUAAUGAUUUUGUAAGGCUUUCAACACUGCAUCAGAAUCAUUGGUUUAUUAUCUUAACAUUAAAAGUAAGAUGGUCAUAAUUGU